AUGGAUUACUCGCAAUCUAAAGACACUAAAGACGCCAAAGUGCAUGACAAGGAGAAUGACGGUGGUGAGGACAUUGCGAUAGGAUCGCAGGAAGAAGUAAUCGAUUACGACUUUCUGCGAUCAUGGAAAUGGUCGACUUUAUAUCGGAGCGUGCUGUUCCAGAUGGUGAUGUUCGGAGCGCUUUCGUUGGUUGGCCCAGCUAUGGGUGAUGCUAUAUCCAAUCUAGGAGGAGGCGGUCUGUCUACACCAUGGCUAGCGAAUCUUGCAAAUUCGUUGAGCUAUGCCAUGGGCUUCAUCAGUACUAUCCUCGGAGGCCCAAUCAUCAACAGGAUAGGAAUCAAAUGGGCGUGCUUCAUUGCGGCUCUUACGAUGCCCCUUCAAGGAUCUGCGUACUAUGUAAACGCUAAAUUCGGCAUCGACUGGUACCUCAUAGCAUCCAAUGUUAUCAAUGGUCUAGCAGGAGGAUUUCUUUAUGUCAGUGAAACGACGGCCAUGCUAUGCUACCCGAGGCCAGAAGAAAAGGGGCUGUACCUUGGCAUCUGGUCGGCUAUGCGAAGCUCCGGAAGCUUGAUCGGUGGCGCGAUAAACUUUUCCACAAACUCGGAUAGAGCGUCUGCUGGAGGCAUUGCGUGGUCGACAUAUCUGGUCUUUGUUGCAUUCGAAUGUACUGGAGUUCUUUGGGCACUGUUGUUGUCCCCUACACCCCGAGUGCGUCGUCGCGAUGGCAGCAAAGUCGCCAUGUCGGGGAGGAUCACUUGGAAGCAAGAAUUCGUUGCUCUGUGGAGUUAUCUACAAAGCAAUAAGGUCUGGUUGAUCUUUCUGCCCUCGUUCUACUCUUUCUUUUACGGAGGGACAAUGGGUACCUAUCUCUCGCUACACUUUUCGGUCCGCGCACGCGCUCUUUCAUCUUUUCUUAUUCCCGCCAUUACCAUUCCGUCGGUCGUCGUAUUCGGCAAACUUCUAGACAGCCAGCGGUGGUCCCAACGGCCCAAGGCAUGGGCUGCGUUCUUGCUAUGGAUUCUGCCACAAACUGGUUGUUUCAUCUGGGUUGCUUUUGAGUACCACUACCUCGGCGAUAAGGCGGCACUGGAUUACGGCUCAGAACCUGGAAGAUGGGCAAGGGCAUACGUGCCGUACCUUAUCGUCUUCGUGAGCGGCUACUGGACGCAAUUGACACUAUACUGGAUUCUUGGCACAUUCUCCAACGACAUGGGUGAUUCUUCACGGGUAGGAGGCUUGUUUCGCGCAUUUGAGACGGCUGGCCAGGCAGUAUCCUAUGGUCUGAGCUCUGCGAGUGGUAUCGCUCCCGUGGUUCCGAUCUAUGUGAACUGUGGUUUGCUGGUUCUUACUGUGCCUAGUAUGGUCAUAUUCAAUCUCACACGUACUGAAUCUGAGGGUUCAGGCGGUCAUUUAAAACCAGAUCCUUUGUCAAGAGCGGCCAGUGUAUUGGAGACGCACGGGAGAGCGGUCGCGGAGCACGUGGCUACAUUUGAGGCCCGCCAGGUCGACGCAAUUAAAGACCUUGUUCGACGUGAACAUUGUGAUUGUGACUUCGAAGAGACCAGGGUUACAGACGUCUGCUUUUACGAAGCAGGCCGCGAUAGAAUCAGAGCUGACAUCGCGAAAAUCGCUAAAGCGGAUAUCUCAACUGCGAAAGGGAUAAAAUUUACUUCAGGCAGCGAAGCAGAAGAGGUUUCUGGCGUUUGGGGUGCAAAAUCUUGCCAUACAUAUAGUGCCGCUCGCCUGUGGCCUUACCGACUUGUGGCGCACUUGCUAGAGAAAGUGGUGUCUAUGGGUGUCAACUUGCAAACAAAUACCCCAGUAUCGUCCGUCUCAGCAGCCGAUGAAAGCACAAAAGAUCGUUGGGUCGUGAACACAUCGCGUGGCUCCGUUGAGACCAGCACUCUCAUUUAUGCUACGAACGGAUACACGUCUGCUCUCGUACCUGAGAUGAAGGAAAAAGUCGUCCCAGUGAGAGGCAUAGUAGCGCGCUUAGCGGGCGAGAACGCACCAAAGAUGACUGAUAGUUAUAUGAUGCGGUUCUCCGACUACGAGUACGACUAUAUGAUUCCUCGACCGGACGGAAGUAUCGUCGUCGGUGGCGGAAGGCGCGACUACUACAAAGACUUGGACGAAUGGUUUGAUGUAUCCGACGACAGCAGACUGAUGGAUGGCGCGCGGAAUUACUUUGACGGUUACAUGCAACGACAUUUCCGUGGAUGGGAGAACAGUGAUGUACGCACAGAAGAUGUAUGGACUGGAAUAAUCUGUUAUUCUCAAUUCCUCAACAUGGUUUUACCAACUGCCAACCCCACCAAAUCCUAUUGGAUUGAGGCUGCGAAUUCGCCAUUGCGCAACUUCCGCUCUAGCGAAGCGUUACCAGAAGAAACCGAUGUGGCAAUCAUCGGCGGUGGUUACGCCGGCGCAUCGACAGCUUACUGGAUCAACAAAUAUACAGAGAAUGCUUCAAGACAGCCUCACGUGACUCUCCUAGAAGCUCGUGAAAUUUGCGGAGCUGCCACCGGACGCAAUGGAGGACAAUUGAGGCCGCAUGCUUAUUCCCGUUAUGUAAAAUGGUCGAAUCGAUUUGGCCCCAAUGGUGCCAUGGAGCUUAUCGAACAUGAGAUGGCUCAUUUGCCGGCAUUUAAGAAUCUAACUGAGGAAGAAGGUAUCGCGGAAGAGGUCUGUCUCAAGUUCGGAGAAACGUUCGAUGCUGCCAUGACCGAUGAGGCCUGGACGAGGCUCAAGGGCGCGCUUGACGCCAUGCGGAGGGAUCAUGGCGACCAUCAUGAGAUCGUCAAAGUGUGCAGAGUAAUCGAAGACGCGCACAAAGCGGAGGAGUUUACACAGAUGAAGGGUGCUUUUGCUGCAGUGGUGCAUCCUGCAGGGCAAAUAUGGCCAUACAAAUUGGUGCAUGCACUCUUGCGUAUCGUUCUGCAGAAAGGCAACCUCAAUCUGCAAGCUCACACCCCAGUCACGGACGUUUCAGCGCGAGACGCUGAAGGUUGGAUCACAGUCAAAACUGAGCGUGGAACUAUUCGUGCCAGAUCAGUCGUUCACACGACAAACCGAUGGGCUUCUCAUCUUCUUCCUGAGUUCAGUAAUCUUAUACUGCCUGACAGAGGAACUAUUGCGGCACUAAAAGCGCCCCCGGGAUUCAUAAAGCAUACCGGUGCCCAACAUUGGGAUUCAGUCGUCAACAACUAUCAUCUCCAGCUCCCUCCGCCAUACAACACUAUCAUCAUUGGAGGAGCAAGGCAGCUUCUUGUCCACAAGCCAGAAGAUUGCUUUCCCAGCGAUAAGAACGAUCAGCAGAUUGCUGGAGCAGCUGCAUUCUACGAAUCUUGGGGCCCCUCUGAUGUCAUAGGCUCGCCUGAUGCAGUUCCAGCGGAACUCAGCAAGGAAGCCAACGAAGGCGGCUGCUGGACUGGAAUUCAAACCGAAUCUGCAGAUGAUUUUCCAUUUGUUGGUACGGUGCCACAGCGGCCGGGCCAUUUCAUUGCGGCUGGGUUCGCGGGACACGGCAUGCCUCGCGUGCUGGGUUCGGCUGCUCACGUCACGCCUCUUGUACUAGAGUCGCUUGGUGUUGAAUAUAGCCAGCCCCUUGUUGCCGCAUCAUUUCCUCCACUGCCUCAACCGUUCCGCACUACCGCUGAACGGAUUGAAAGACUCCAGGAUACGAAUCUCAGCGCGCUCGCUGAGGAGUACAAGCAGAGCUGUGGAGAAAGUGCGAAGAAGCCAUUUUGCAAUACCACGAGGGUCAUGUCUGUGCUUGCAAACCCGUGUUCCUGGGAUGGUGGCGACCAGCAGAUCAUGGUCCAGCCAUGA